GCAAAAGAUGAAUAAAACAGUUAAAGUUGCCCUCAAGAAGAGAAAUUAUCGCAAUGUCAUAAGUGAAUCCCUUAAUGCUAAGAGCAUGAGUGACAACAGAGAAUGACACCUUAAGGAAUGAAACUCUCCAGGAAUACCCAAGCCUCAUAACCAGACUCUCUAAGCAUAGUGGUUCCAAAACCGCCUAAAAGGGACCCAAAAUCCUCUCUCACAAUGAUAAAAUCUCCACUCAAAAAUAGCCUACAUCGGCACUCAAACAGUUUGCAUUCCCUCGAAAGAACUAUUAAGAGGCAAAGAAAGGCAUUUGAGAAAAAGCUCCAUAAAAAUAGUACCAAGUCCAUUAGUGUCAUAAAGAACUCAGAAAGCAUGAACAAAGUUGUAAAAAUCCUCAAUUCGAAGUAAAACUGGUACGAAAGGCUUUGAAAAAUCUAAAAUCAUGAUAAAGAGGAUGAUCAAAAAGCGGCUUUGAAAUGAUAACUUACAGAUCCAUGACCUCUACAAUUAUAACUCCUUGAUUGAUAAUAAGCUAACCAGAAGAGACGAUUUCAGACAAAUUGUCUCUACUACAAAAGAGCUGCUCAAAAUUACCAAACCUGAGCUUAACAACUUUUCAGCUGAAAGAAGUAUCCAUAAGUACUUGGAGGCUUCCAAGGAAGUCUCAGGGAUCUAUAAGUCAAGCCUCGAGGAAGUUCAUAAAAAGAUUAAUCUCGAAUGCAAAGACAGGGCUAAUGAUUUUAACUUCUUGUUUAAAGGAUACUCUCACCAAGUCGAGCAGGAACGCAAAAUUCUACAAAAUCAUAUAAAAGGAAAGCUUAUUGAAGUAAUUUAUAGAAUUUGAAAGGAACAUUUCUAAGCUCCAGGAAGCUCUAGCUCAGGAAACCAAGGUCAAGAACGAACUUAUCUCAGAA